AUGUCGGUGCCCAGCCUUGCCCGCUCCACGCAGGCCCCUCCCCGGCCGCGCCCAGUUUUGGCCUGGGCUCUUCUCGUCGCCGGUUUGAUGCUUUCAGGCCCUGCCUCCGAGUCCUUUGCCUACGCCGGCCGGGGCAUCAGCCCUCUCAAGGAAGACGUGGAGGUACUCGGCGUGCUCCGAGAGCGGCUCGUCGUGGGAUACCACAUGAGCUUAGAGGCGGUGAACGUCUUUGCCAAUGGCACCAGGCUGAAGCCAAUUAAGGGCAACAACUGGCGAAAGCAGGAGAUCCGGUAUGGCGAGCGAGACUGCAAGUAUGCCGAGUUUGCCAUCCCUCCGCUUCCUGCAGACAUCAACGUUCUGGGCCGGGUUGUGGGAGGAAAUAUCCUGGUCAAUGUGACACACUUCCUGCCAGAGGACAGCGCCCCCAGUGCUGCACUGUGGAACCAGGACUUCAUGCGCAAGAAGCGCGUGGUGCCGCAGAAGAGAUUGCAGGCUGGACGCAAGAUGAUCGGAGGACUUCGUGACGGGGCGUGGUCCUGA